AUGUAUUCGCCUGUUCAGCUCCGCAUAGUGUUGACAACUGUUGGUCAUUUGCUCGCAUUGCUCUUUUCUUACUUGUGCUUGAUUUCCAAGAUUAUUAGAGCGAACUGUUGCGCGGUCAUGCUUUCGCCAAAGACUGACAUCAGCGGAAACUCUGAACCUCCGGAAGCAUGUAAGCAUUCGCCACCAUCUCUGCUGUCAAUGGAAGAUGCUAAUGGAGAAAAUUUUGUUGCAAGUGAGAGAAGUUUACCCGAGGGAGUCGGCCCACUUCAGCCACCCACCCACAUCACCGAAACAGCAGUAGGCGCUGAAGGUGAUGCAGCUUUCGAACGAGAGAUGUGUUUGCUGCUUUUGAAACCCCAGUCGCAGCCACUCUGUUCUCGCAAAGUCUUUCUUGGUGGCCUCCCGAUGCAAGUUGGGACAGAGGAUCUCAAAAGGUUCUUCUCUUUAUUUGGGCAAGUAGAAGUUGGCUGGCCAGUGGACAAUAAUGGCGAACAUGACGGUUAUAUGUUCGCGACAUUUGCCUCAGCUGACUCGGUGGACAAACUCUUAGAGAUGUGCACACGUCACAAUGGCCGACUGACAAUCACCAUGCCUAUGGGUAAUUCACAGUCUGCUAACAUCCACAUUCGCGUAUGGUACACCAGAGAUGCAAAAUAUUAUUCGCCUGAAUUUAACGAAUCUAUGUUGAAGACUAACAAGAACUGCGCUUUUGUUGGAGGAAUUCCCCGCACUAUGACUGCAAAGCAGCUUGCGGACUACAUGUCUAUCACUUAUGGCGAUGUGCUCUUCGCACGAAUUGAGGUAGAAUUAGAGACGGAUUAUCCCAAAGGCGCCGGUUGUGUUAUGUUCCGCUGCCGUGAGGCAUUUGUAACUGCAGUUGCCAGUCGCUUUGUUUCCCUCAAUUUUGGCGACCAUAUCAAGCAGGUGGAAGUUCAACCAUACCUCAUGCGACCUGUUGAAUGCGAAAUAUGCCAGGCGGUGAAGACGAGGAAUUUCUGUCCCAAGUUUCGAUGUCUCAAAUUCAUGUGUGAGCUAUGUUGGAGACAGGCCCAUAUAGGUCUGCCAGAUCACUAUCCUCUAAUGCGUUCACCUCCGCUUCGCCUGCGCGGUCUCACCGUAAACGGCGACGACCAUGAAGCAGAGCAGCAUCACGCUAACAAGGAUGCUAUACCGCGCACCUUAAUGCGUCAAAAUGAGUAUGUAUACAACACUCAUAAUCUGUGCAACGUGGUUAAUUCUAUUCAGUUUCCUCCUGUGCCCCUUUUCGAAGUGGAAAGCGACUUCCACAGUGACUGGAAUACUGACUGUGGCAUGUUUGACGUACGUGGUCCUCCACCUUCAAAUGUUUUUCGUUCUCGUCCACUCACCAAUAUAAUCAACCAACCGUCUGUUUUACGUCGUUAUCGAGGACGUGAGCAAAGAACUGGCAACUUCAACGAUCAGCGCAAUCGCUGGAGGAGAGGAGCUCCUUUCUACGAUAACAGUAUUAAUAGACCUAGCACAUUUGCCCCCUCAUACUACAGUACUAUCGAUAACAGUGGUUUUCGCUCCAAUGUCUAUAAUCAUAGUGACACGAAUGAGAAUGCCAGCGCACCUCACUUCUCGUCUAACCCUGGAGAAAAUCAGUGGUCCGAACACGUUUCGAGAAUCUCUACCAGCCCUAAUGCAAGCAGCGUUUUUGCAACAAAUGUGAAUCAAAUUGCAAGACCUCGUGUCUCAUUUUCACCGACCAUUCGCAGACCAGCUCGGCGCUGCAUCACUAACAAUACCCAGAGUGUAACCAACGCGGCGAAAGAUGAAAGCACUACUUCUAAAGAUAUAACUGAUGCAUUUGAGCAGUUUUCUCUUUUUUAAUGCCCCUUUGAGGAGUACACUAAGUUGAAUGAUUAACUUUUGCUUUUUUUUGCUUUUUUACCUUUCUUGUUAAGAUUUCAAGUUGAGCAAGCCAAUCUUUCCUUAAUUUUUACUGGUUUCUUCCACGGCUUACAAUUUCGUGUCUCAUCUUUCCUUAAUUUUUACUGGUUUCUUCCACGGCUUACAAUUUCGUGUCUCAAGUUGUUCAAAGAAUAUAUGACUCGGUUUGAUACUCUUGUAAUGUCUCAAGAAGUUUUGCCUCGUAUAAUUUGGUGACUUAUAAUGGCUUUUAUAGAAAUCAAAAUAACGUUUUUUGUAUAUUGUUUGACUCAUUUGUAGCUACUACAUUGUAUGUUACUCCCAUUUUCCCUAUUUUUCAGAAC